AUGAAUCGACAACAGCCUGCAGGCUUUCGAGCUGAGUGGAAUGCCGAGUGUGGCGCGGUAUUCCGUCUCAGUCACGGAGUGAUCUCGUCCUCCGAACUAUCCAAACUACUACCCGAAUCAGAACGCUCAAUGCGAGUAUUUGAUCGCUCCGGAAGGAGAAGCGGCAAAAUCGGUGAUCGCACUGAAACUGUUGGACUUCGAUCUUGGACUAUUCACGUUAUCCGUGCCCUAGUGACUAUUUGGAAGUACGUGAUGUCAACAAUAAUCGAGUGGUGGUCACGUACUGCGGGCGAUGCAAUGAGCGAAGAAGCGAUAGCCAUCAAGGGUGCCGUUGGCCUAACAUUCGUCACCAAUCAAUCGUACAUUCAAGGAGCGAAGAAAAUAGAAAGAGGAUUCCAAAUCAGUUACUCCAUUGAGCGAUGCGGUGGAGACAUUGAAAUGACGGAGGAGUCCGGCUACAUGACUACAAUCUCAUCGCCAGCGUUUCCUCUCGACUAUGCUCACGAUCUUGACUGUCUGUGGAAUGUCACAGCACCUGAAGGAAGGGUGCUGUCCAUCAAGUACGAAUUCAUGGAUCUUGAACACUCGAAUGAUUGCGUGAUGGAUUAUCUGGAAUUGAUCGAUGGAGUCGAUCUGAAUGGCACUAGUUUUCGGCAAAGGUCUGUGGAGGAAAAGCUCAGUAAAGUGUUGGCUCGGGUCAAGGAGCACCCUUUAGCGACUCAUAGCGAGAAAGCUGGAUGCGGUGGCACGCUGAAGGCAACCGGUGACUGGCAGACGCUGAAGCCUCCGCUCGAUAAGAAU